AUGCUCCUCCCCAACAUCACAGCCUCUGGAGGAGUUCCUCUCUCGGUGAACUUCGACAGUCCUGAGGAUUAUCUCAUCUUUCUCUUCCAGCUUGUGUUCGCUACAACAGCUGUUCUGGUAGCCGGAUCUGUAGUCAUCACCAUCUUGGCCACCAGAGCUCUGCGCCUCCAGAACAGGUUUCUCUUUAUGCUCAACACUAGUAUCUGUGACACGCUGGUUGGCUUCUCAGUCUAUUAUCUGGGUCUGUUUGAUGUGCAGGAAGGAUAUCCUUCCAGAAAUGGAACUUAUAACAUGUUACCUUCUCUUCUCGGAGUUAACUUCGUGACCUUUUUAUUCGCACAGUUUGACCGCUAUUUCGCUGUUUGUCAUCCAUACAUCUACACGCGCUACAUCAGCAGACAGGUCGUGAUCAGCAUCAACAUCUUCUGUUGGCUUUACAGCUUUGGGCACCCGAUCGCCAGGAACCUGAUGCCACUUUCCAAAGCGAUACAGAUGUACGUGUUCAGCAUCGUCAUCUUCCAGUUCAUCGUGCUCACCAAAGUGGUCAUGACUAUCAAACUGUAUGUUGUUGCCAGAUAUCAGCUGGAGAAAGAUCCUCCCAGUGCAGAGAAAGACAGCAAGAAGGAGUCACUGAGGAUUAUAGUUUUUGUUGUCAUAACCUUUUUGCUGCUAUGGGGCCCCUCUUUUGUUAAUAUCGUCCUUAGACUGCUGUUAGGAGGAGGGCUGACUUUUAGGAACGAGGCCACCAAUGUGUUCGCCAUCUUGGCUCGGUUGAAUGCUGUGUGCACACCGUCUGUGUAUAUCUGGGGGAGUCCGGCUCUGAGGGAAGCCAUGAGGAGGACUGUGUGGAGCAGAGUGUGUCCGAGAUGCAACAAGAGGAGAGUCAGCUCCAGUCAUGGGAAGGGAGACACCAAACAGUCAUGGAAAUAACAAGAACCCGAGGACUCCAUCAGCUGCAAUCAACUGAGUUUAUGAUGCCUCUCUCUCUCUCUCUUUCUCUCUUUCUCUCUCUCUAUACAGUCAAAGAGUUUUUUAUGCAAUGUUUCUGUAGGAGCCAAAUAUAUAUAUAAAAAAGGAUAAGUUAAAUUCCUUAUUAUAAGAUGUCUGUUUAGUGGUUUAGUGGUGUCUGUGCCCUAUGUGGUGCACCAUGGCAUU